AUGUGUUACAAGCCAAAGCCCUCUUACAUCAACACAGGUUCCUAUCCUUCAACACCGUUCAAAGCAGCCCACAAUAACGGCCAGGCUUUGCCUCCAACUCUUGGGACAGAUGGCAGCAGGCACAGUGAUGAUACUUCAUGCCAGGCUUCACAUGUGAUGUCUCCAAAUGUAGUUCAGACCAAUCUACAGACCAACAAGAAACAGAUUCAGGCUCUUCUAGGGCAGUUUAGCCAAGCAGAAACCUUGUUAAUCUCAGCUGGAGUAGAGCCAGGAAUGCUAGAUGGAGUUCUUUUGGAUGCUGGGUGUUCCUCUAUGCAGCUUGAUACUCCUGAAAGAGGUUUUUCCCUGCGAAAGGAUGGCCCUUUGGAUAUGAGGAUGGAUAGUGGCAGGUAUCCUGACAUGCCCACCGCUGCUGAUGUUGUGAAUGCUUUAGAUCAACAGGCGCUUGCGUCCAUCCUGAGAACAUACGGGGAGGAGAGGCACGCCAAGAAAAUAGCUUCAGCAGUCGUUCAGGCACGCAGCAUCUACCCCAUCACCAGAACUCAGCAGCUUGCCAGCAUUGUUGCAGGUGCUUUUCCAGCUGGAGCUUUGUAUGCCCGAAAAGACUUACUUCAGAGACCUACACAUGUUGCCACCAAAACUUUCCAAGCCUUGCGUAUAUUUGUGAAUGAUGAGCUCCGCGAACUCUAUGUAGGGUUGAAGAUAGCUGAGAAGUUUCUGAAACCUGGAGGUCGACUUGUAGCCCUUUCUUUUCAUUCGCUAGAGGAUCGUAUCAUCAAACGAUUCCUUCAAGGAACAGAUGUUUCAGAAAAGUUCAACCUUAACAUAAGACAAAAGAUAAGACAAGGACAAAAAAAUUAUUCAGAACAAGAUGUGGAAGAAUUCUUCAGUGAAAAUUCCAACUCAAGGUGGACAUCUAUACAGAAAAAAGUGCUUACUCCCCAGGCUGCAGAUGUUCAAGAGAACCCAAGAGGGCGGUCUGCCAAACUAAGAGCUGCUAUCAAACUGUGAAAUAAAAUCAAAUACUCUGAUUUUCUCUUUAUAUUAAAUAUGCUUUUGUAAAUGUUCAUCUUUCAGACUGUACAGAGAUGGUCAAAUUGAAAAAUAAAAGGAAAGAAAAUAAUUGA